AUGGAACAUCGUCGUAGCGCUUUCAAGGUAUGGUUGUUGGUUAGUGUCAUGCUCUCCGCUGCCGAAAACGAUUCGUGUUCCCCCGCAUGCAGUUGGAUAAGCUGCUCUGACGGCCGUCUACAGUUCAGCGGGAGUUGGUUUAAGAUUAGAAGCGUCAAACACCCUUGUCUCACUUGCGAUCAUGGUUCAAAAGAACCACGACCUCUCCCUCACGUUUCAUGUUUCACACACCCGAAAUGGGUCGGCGUCAGGGGCGUUCCGUUUGGUGUUCUAUCGGCGACAAAAUUACCCAUCCCCGAGCCGACACAACUACUUUUCCUUACCCUCGUGGACACCGAAAUUACGGACUUGGAACGAAACACCUUAGCAAACCUUUCCAAAUUACGGGAGUUGCACUUGGAAUUCAACAACCUGACUGUUGUAAAAACCAGCUACUUUACAGGUCUACGUGGUGAUUUGGGACAUGUACAUCUUCGUACCUUGUCACUCGCGCACAAUAAAAUUUCACACUUAGAAUCAGGCUGCUUCCAAGACCUCACUGGCCUUUGUGACUUGAUACUCUGGAGUAACGAGCUAACAUAUAUAGACCAUUCUAGUUUUCUAGGUCUUCUAGAGCUAAGGGAGCUUGUCCUGGGAUUCAAUCGCAUUGAGACAAUCGAUGGUAGAACUUUUCAAUCUUUCAACCGACACACGCUGCGCCUCCUGGACCUGAGUAGGAACAGCAGGCACGUCUGCCGAAGAGCAGUGCGUACUUGCUUGGAAGCACCAAAGAGGAGUCGAGUUGCCUAUACAACCACAAAAGAAAUGGUGACUAACAGAAGAGUUGUUACUGAUGACCGUUCGGAAAAGGAACAUAUCUCCAUGGUGGGGUUAAUUUCGGCAUUGGUCACAGUGGGAUUAUUUUGCCUUGGGCUUACCUUGGCCUAUGUUUAUAGAAAACGACAGUUAGCUGGCAGAAACCAUCACAGAAACUUUCAUUUCCAACCGACUAUGACUGUAGCGAUGAAAAAUAUACAUUCAAGAGGAAGAGCAUCGUCGCUUCCACUUGUGGUACUUAGGGACACGCGAAUCUUUGACAAUCUGCAUACAUGUAAGCAUCUUCAACGUCAGUAUUCAGUGCCUAAUUUUGCAAAUAAAAACGGUAGAGGCUCCCAUGGCACGUCUUUUGAUGCCCCGAACUACUGGGAAAUCCCUGACGCUCUCGUAGAUUCCAAUGACCAGCCGGACCCUGGACAACUCGACGCUCCACAUUAUUGGGAAAUUCCGGAUGCCUUAGUUGAUUCGGACGCAAUCGGCACCUCUCGGGCAAUUCCGGGCGCCCUCGUGAACUCUACUCGCCAGCCGACGACUGACGAACUCGGAGAAGCCCAUUACUGGGAAAUCCCGGACGCCCUAGUUCAUUCCGGACCGAAUUCGGUAGAAUUUGACGCCGCUCGUGACAUCCCGGAGCCCCGCGUAAACUCCACUUGCCAGCCGACAAUAGACGACUUUGACGGUGCCCACUAUUGGGACACCAUUCGAGCCCACCGACGACCGUCAUCACUUCCAAUCGAUAUCCUGACUAAUCAUAACAGUGAGCCAAUGCCAUGCUCUCUUCCGCAUCAGUACUGGAACAAUCCAGAUGAAGAUAUCGAUGGUGAUUCUACAGCCUUCUACGCGUCAGCAGCAGAGCCAAAGUUUUCGGGUGUCACUAAGAGCGGGGAUAAUAAGGCCAUGUCGAUUUGA